AUGGCGCCAGCCCUUGGUUACUCCUCUCGCACCCCCGUUGCGCUUCCAGCGUCCCCCUCCGCGUCUGCGACGUCGUCGCUCGGUCACAUCGCGAGCCAUGCGUCGCUUUUCGUCGCAGCGCCCGCUGCCGCCGAAGCCUUCGACCUUUCUCGUCCGUCCGUUCUGCUCGGAGCCGGCGCUGCCGACUGCUGCCAACCUCUUCCUCUCGACUGCGACUACAGCGGCGCCAGCAGCGCUGCCGGCGUGGAAAUGCAGGAGGGCAGCGGCUCGAACUUCGACGAAUCCGACAUGUUCAGCGACAUUCCCGCCGAAGCGCAGCGCUUUGCGGAAAAACCUUGUGAAGGAUCGACGCAAUCCAACGUCCGCGGAACGAAGAGGGUUUCGGACGAGCCACUGGAGCGGAGAGUCCGCGGGAAGGCGGAGGCGUUCAGCGUAACGAGCGCGGAUUGCCGCGGCGCGCCUAAUAACGUCUCACCCUCGUCAAGCCUCCCUUGGUGGGUGCUCGAGGCGCUUGGGGAAAACGAGGCCGAAGGAGAGGUGUACAAUUGUGCGCCAAUUUCAGCCUCCCCCGCCGACUCCGCCUGCUCCGCCGCUGCAGGCAAUCACCCGCGCGUCAGUAGGGUUGGCGGAGGCCUGGAGGAAACUGACUGCUCGUCUUCGAGGGAGUUCGCUUGCUGUGAAGAUUUUAUCUUCUCGGAAGAUGCGCAGUCUUUUCCCACCGUGGUUUCGCCGAGUUCAGUGAGCGGAGCUGGUGCCUGCGCGUGGGCGGAGACGCUCGGCGCGGAAGACAUCGGCGCUCUGCUGCAGGCAGAGCUUUGCGGGGACUCUUUUACUGGGCGGAGCGUGGUGGCGGAAGGGGAGGGUUCUGCGGAAGCGGAGGGGGCGUUGAAUGACCUUUGCGCGGAUGCUGAGCUGCGCGAGCACUGCUUUGCGGACGAGGCGGAGAUUGGGGGAAGCUUGAACUGGAGGAGCGGGAAGCUGCGCAGUGGGAUGUGGCGGGUUUGGGGAUGUGGUGCUGGGAGGGGCGCUUGGUCGCUUGCUAGGGUUUCGGCGGAAAGCGCGCGGACAAAUUUUUUGCUGGUCACCCGGAACUAA